AGGGUAUGCCAUCCAUGGUGGGAGGCCCACCUGUCUGUCUCUCUCGACUCUCGGUCUCGGAUUUUUUUUUUAAUUAAAAGGAAGGCAGCAGCGACAGCCGACAGCCAGCCAGCCCGUUAACAAGUAAGUGGCUGGCAGCAUUUCUCCUCCUGGGCUUGGGAUAGAUAGCGCGGCCCAUUUCUCCUCCUGGGCAGGGCACGCACGCAGCACCCACCCCCACCACACAGCCGCCACACAUCUUCUUCUUCCUUCUCCUAGACCCCCAGACAGACUCCCAGAGCCGCCAGCACCCCCAAUCCCCCCCCACCCCAAUCCCCCCAUCAAUGGCUUCCGACGGCACCGGCGUCGUGGCCCUCUACGGCGGCGGCAGCGGCAACAACAAGGUCAAGGUCAUGGACGCCUCCUCCAAGUCCCCCGCCGCCGCCGCCACCUUCUCCGUCAAGGUCGGCCUGGCGCAGAUGCUGCGCGGCGGCGUCAUCAUGGACGUCGUCACGCCGGAGCAGGCGCGCAUCGCCGAGGAGGCCGGGGCCUGCGCCGUCAUGGCCCUUGAGCGAGUCCCCGCCGACAUCCGCGCGCAGGGAGGGGUGGCGCGCAUGUCCGACCCGGGACUCAUCCGCGACAUCAAGCGCGCCGUCACCAUCCCCGUCAUGGCCAAGGCGCGCAUCGGCCACUUCGUCGAGGCCCAGAUCCUCGAGGCCAUCGGCGUCGACUACGUGGACGAGAGCGAGGUGCUCACGCCCGCCGACGACGCGCACCACAUCAACAAGCACAACUUCCGCGUCCCCUUCGUCUGCGGCUGCCGCGACCUCGGGGAGGCGCUGCGCCGCGUCCGCGAGGGCGCCGCCAUGAUCCGCACCAAGGGGGAGGCCGGCACCGGCAACGUCGUCGAGGCCGUGCGCCACAUCCGCUCCGUCAUGGGGGACGUCCGCGCGCUGCGCAAUGACGACGACGAGGUCUUCGCCUACGCCAAGCGCAUCGCCGCCCCCUACGACCUCGUCAUGCAGACCAAGCAGCUGGGCCGCCUCCCCGUCGUCCAGUUCGCCGCGGGGGGUGUCGCCACCCCCGCCGACGCCGCGCUCAUGAUGCAGCUCGGAUGCGACGGCGUCUUCGUCGGCUCCGGCAUCUUCAAGAGCGGCGACCCGGCGCGGCGGGCGCGAGCCAUCGUGCAGGCCGUGACGCACUACAGCGACCCGGAGAUCCUCGCCGACGUCAGCUCAGGCCUCGGGGAGGCCAUGGUCGGGAUCAACCUCUCCGACCCAAAGGUCGAGCGCUACGCCGCGCGCUCCGAGUAGCGCUCCGACUCAGGCAGCAGGCAGUCAGGCAGGCGGGCGGCGAUGAGGCUCCUCCAUCUGCAUCGUCAGGGAGCCCAUCGACUCUAUAAGAAACCAAAGAAAACUCGAAUAAAAAAAAAACUCUUCCAUUCCCUUCCUUUCUGAGUAGUAUGUCUUUUUUUGAGUAGUAUGUCUUGUUUGUUUGCCUUGCUUGCAAUUGCAAUCAUCCAAAUAUCCAAUGUCAUGUCUCUUCUGUUUCGGGAACAAAGAACUGAAUCCGCAUUGCUAUGCAUUUUCUGAUGAAAAAAAAGGACGAAAAGACAUUGCUGCUAUCAUCUA